AUGGGGAAGCUCCAUAAGAGCAACUCAAACCAGAAGCCUGAAUCUGAGGAGGACAUUGCUGUGGUAACAGUCAACGCUAUUUAUGAAGAGUAUCCCUUUAAAGCGCGACCUCACGUUGAGGACUCUGCCGAACAACCACCAAUCGGUCCAUGUUUCAGCAGUAAUAUCCCCUUGAUGAGGGUGGUGCAGUCAGUUAAACAAACUAAGAGGAGAUCCAGUGGAAUAUUGAAGAAAGGCUGGCUGUUGCACCAUACCAAUGUAGAUACACUGAGAAAAAGGCACUACUGGGUUCUAGAUGGGAAAAGCAUCACACUGUACCAGAACGAGAACAGCAACAAGUACUACAAGGAGCUGCCUCUGUCUGAAGUGCUGCAGGUUCGAGGUUCAUCUCAGCUCACUGUUACUGUGCAGUCGGAUGACGCUGGUCAUUCAUUUGAGCUGCUGACGAGUUUUGUGGUCUACUGUGUGUUCGCAAAUACAGAAGGAGCAGCCUGGGAGUCGGCCAUCAGACUCGCGCUCAUGCCUUUACAGAGCAUUGGCCUCAGCACAGCAUGGCCUGCAGAUGAUCGAGCCAUCAGUGAAGAAAUCCAGGAUAUUAGUUUGCUGUAUCAGGUUUUCUCUGAAGUGUUGGGAUCAGGUCAGUUUGGAGUGGUGUACGGAGGUACUCACAGGCAGACGGGACGACCAGUAGCCAUUAAGGUCAUUGAGAAAACUCGCUUCCCGGCCAAGCAGGAGAGGCAGAGCACAAAUGAGGUGGCAAUACUGCAGAGUCUGUCCCAUCCUGGAGUCAUUGUACUCGAAGGCAUGUUUGAGACACCUGAGCAGACUUUUGUCAUCAUGGAGAAGCUCCAUAGCGACAUGCUGGAGAUGAUUCUGUCCAACGAGAACGGACGUCUUCCUGAAUGCACCACACGCUUCCUUGUUAUGCAGAUUUUGGAGGCUCUGCGCUACCUGCACAUGAGACACAUCGCUCACUGUGACCUUAAACCUGAGAACGUGCUGCUUGCCUCACCAGAUCCUUUUCCUCAGGUGAAACUGUGUGACUUUGGUUUUGCGCGGAUCAUUGGUGAGAAGUCCUUCCGGCGCUCGGUGGUGGGUACGCCAGUGUAUCUUGCCCCCGAGGUGAUCAGCAGCCAUGGCUAUAACUGCUCCCUGGACAUGUGGGCUGUAGGGGUGAUCCUGCAUGUCAGCCUGAGCGGCACGUUUCCCUUCAACGAGGAUGAAGACAUUCACCAGCAGAUCACUAACGCUGCCUUCAUGUACCCACGUCAUCUGUGGGCCCUCAUUUCUCUCGAGGCGGUGAGUUUGAUUAAUAACCUGCUGCAGGUGGUGGUGCGCCGCAGGUUCAGUGUGGGGAAAGCUAUGGGACACCCCUGGCUCCAGAACUUUCAACUGUGGUGUGACCUGCGUCAGUUUGAGCAGCGUCUGGGUUGCCGUUACCUCACUCAUGACUCGGAUGAUGAGCACUGGAGAUGCCACGCUCAGGAGAAAGGCCUCAGUCUCCCUCCACAUCUACAGACAGAGCAGGGACACUAACACACACGUACACUGGACACCUCAGUUUGAUCAGGAGACCUGUGACUGUGGCGUGUGGACUGUACAGAAUCCAGUGCCCUGAUGUGAUGUACAUUUUAUGCACACUGACUAUUUUUAAUAAAAUGAUGCAAAACUCUGGA